GUGAAACAACAACAGAAACGGAGAGACGGGCCUUUGUCGACACUCUCCCUCUCUUAUAAACACACAUCCUACACAACCCCUUUUUCUCCUCGAGAGGUACAACCAUUCAGCAUGUCGAGAGGCAGCUUUGUCUUCACACCCAUGGCCUUACGGUCUCUUGAACUUGACAAGGACAUGCUGGAAAGAGACAAGUACAAGAGGCAGCUUGCUUCCCAUCACUUCAGCAGUUAUAUGCUGAGGAAGGAGGCCGUGGACAGAACAACGCUGACGUCCAGCACUGCUCGGCCACCGACUGUCUGCCAAGAUGUGGUCAUCCAGAACGCUUUGUACACAGGAGACCUGGAGGCUAUGCAACACCUUUUUCCUCGAGGAUCCACAGCGAACCUCAUCAUUGAGCCACAGGGAGGGGACAUGCGCUGGGUUGCCAGAGGGGAAGGACUAUGGUCACUGACUUAUGAGCAGGAGCUGACGACACCACUUCACAUCACAGCCAGUCGAGGUUUCACAGACUGCCUGAGACUCCUGCUGCAACGUGGGGCGAAUAUAGACAUAGCACCUAGUGGCACCACAGCCCUGCACGAGUCCUGUGAAAACUCCCAGCCAGAAUGUACCAAGCUGCUGCUGAUCCACGGUGCCAACGCCAACGCCGUCUCAGAAGAUGGCGUUAUGCCUUUGCAUGUUUGCACAAGCCCUGAAUCCCUUGAAUGUGCCAAAUAUCUGCUUCAGUAUGGUGCAGCGAUCAGUGGUCGCAGUCUAGAUGAAGACGACACUCCUUUACACGUGGCAGCCAGGAACGGCCUCCCAGACCACAUCGAGCUCUACCUGCGCUACGGAGCUGCUGUGGACAAGCAGAACGAUGAGGGUCUCACAGCCCUUAACGCUGCUUGUGCGCAACCCCAGGAGUCUCAGGACCUUCAGCGUUACUUCAAGGUUUGCCAGUUGCUGCUGGGGGCAGGGGCUGACAUCCACAUUAUGGACCAGGACAAGCACACUCCUUUGCACAUGGCCUGUAAGAAUGUAAAUCCAGACGUAGUGGAUCUGCUGCUGGCCCAUGGUGCUCAAGUUAACGAAAUGGACUACGGUGGUGAAGCUCCCAUGCACAACAUCCUGAAGGUGGUGUGCUUCAAGGUUCCCCAUAACCCUGAGAGGAUUGUCCGUGCACUGCUCAACCAUGGCUCUAUCCGGGUGUGGCCCGGUGCUCUACCAAUGGUUAUAAAACACUGCGCAGAGUCUCCACGCACCAUCGAGGUUCUCCUGAACGCCUACAGCCACCUCAGAGUCACAGACACCUGGGCUGAGGCUGUGCCUGAAGAGGCGUUUAAGGCACACAAAGAGUUCUUCGAGUCGAUCCUCUCCUUGGCAAUGACUUCUCGCUCCCUGCAGCACUUGGCACGCUGUACGCUCAGGAGCUUCCUGAGUGGCCGAGUGCACAAGGUGGUCCCAAAACUGGAUCUGCCCACGUUCAUCAAGAACUACCUGCUCCUGGAGUACAGAGGAUAUGUCCACUGAAAGUACUUUGUGUGAUCUAAGUCAGAGAGAGGCCUGAUUGUGAUGAGAGUGCUGCUAAGUGAGGAGUUAAAAUACUAAGUAUCAUAAAUGAUGAAGUGCAGCAGUAUUUAUUGAAUGUUUAGGACAUUUUCUGCCACAUAAGCUUUUCAGAAGCAGUUGCUUGGCUUCCGCUACUUUUAUUCUGUAACCGUUUCAUCACAGUAACAUGUUUGAAUUUGCACCACAAGAGGGAGCUAUAGACUAGAGUUGAUGAAGUAUACAGGAGGUAAGCACUUGUGUGUUUUAUAUUGCUUUUCAUUUUUUUUGAUUUAUUUUAGUUUUUUUUACUUCUGCAUUUGAUCCUAAAGAGGCUUUUAAUUUUAUACAUAUUGUUUGUCACAUGUUAAUGGGAAUACUUUCAGUAUUUUUGUGUUGUGGCUUUCACUGUAGAUUCCCAGCAAAUAUUUGCAUAAACAGUGUUUCCCACCGAUAAGAUUUGGAGAUUUAUGUCAAAAUUAAGCUUGAUUAAAAUAAAAUAAAAUAUUCCACCAUG